GUACAUUUGAAGGGUCUCAGGGUGGGAGUGACAGGAGUUUUUUACAAACAACUCAAAAUAAGACAGAAAUUAGGAGAACUUUUACUUGCUUCUAUAGAUGAGUUCAAGACUUUAAAGGUACAACAAGAUUUACCAAAAAUUAGGUUGUGCAGUGUUCAAACUUGCCAAAGUUGCGGAAUAAUGUGGCAACGCGACGUUAACACGUCGAAAAAUAUAUUCAAGAUCUCAAUACAAGUGAUUGGUGGUCAUGGGCGUCCACGGGAGUUCACGAGAGAACAAUAGGUCUUGUUUUUUUUAUAUCGCCGUCUCGUACACGGUUUCUCUUGUUAAAGAGAUUUAGAUAUUUACAGAUAUGCUGCAUCUAUUUUUUUUUCGUCCAGAAAAAAUCUAACAUUCUGUCUCAUUUUAAC